AUGCAGUUACGUUCUGUCUGCAAAAUGCUGCAAACCGCAGCCGAGGUCGGUACUUUACGUAUUCGUCGUCAAGUUAUUUAUGGAGCUGGUUAUGGAUGGCCUGAUGCAUCAAAUUACAAUCCUUAUCGUUAUCAAUCAAAUAUUCCUGAUGGUAGUUUAAAUUCUUGGCAACAUGCAAAUAUUAAUUAUGAUGCGAAUAAUCCAUAUAAUAUGGUGCUGAGCGGAUGGAAUAAUUAUAACAACAUAAACAAUCGUCCUCGUCCAGAGUGGCAUUAUAAUACUGCUGACAGAAAGCAAUCAAAUUUGCUGAUAAAUGCUGGUUUAUAUUGUUUACUUUUCACAUUAAUCCAGUAUUAA